CACACACACACACACAGGGGUUAGUCAUGCUCUCGCAGCACGGGAGUGAGAGGAGGUAUUGAAGUGAAUGGAGCGCAGGCUGACGCCGAUCGCCUCCCGGAAAGAAGAGAGGGGGGAAAAAAAACCCAGAUCCACCGACUUGAGAGAGAAUCACCAGGAAACAAUCAGGGAAGAAACGAGAAGUUGCAGGAGAUUUUUUUUUUCUUUCCUUUUUCUUCUCCCUCCCAUGUCAAACAUUGCCUUUACAGUGACAUUUGCGAGCUUGAAGUGGGAGGACGCUCACAAUUUGUAAUGCUGAAAUAUGAGAGAACGGAACCGGGGCGGGUGAAGGCACAUGGGAGAGGACUGUCCGUGUACUCUGGGCUCUAAGAGAAAAAAAAAAAGAAAAGAAAAGAAAAGAGGAAAAAAAAAGAAAACACACGCACGGUUUGCUUGGAACAGGAUUUGACGAAGUGGGAUGAUUACAAAAAAAAGUUGAUCUUUGGUUCCGGACGAAGCUCUGCGCAGCCUACCACGCCAAAGCAGCCUCAAUGGAUAGAUAGACAGACUUGAGAGGGGGCUGCAGACUCAGACUGUUCAAGAGUCAUUUAACUUUUUCAUCAGAGUUGGAGGAUUCCGACCUCCUUUAAGAGUGUGUGAGAGAGAGAGAGACGAGGAGGAGGAGGAGGAGAAGGAAGAAGGGGGGAGCCGAUAAUCCAGCAUUAUCUCGGUUACUGAGGGCCAAAAUGUUGCGGUUGUCUCUGACAGCUUUGAGUCUUUCAUGGACUUUGUUCAUCUGCAACGUGAGCAGAGCUUAUGCACAGGAGAGACUGGGUUACCUGGUCGCCGCACCCUCCGUGUUCCGAGCCGGCGUGGAGGAGAGCGUGAGCGUGACCAUCUUCAAUGCGAGGGCAGAGACGCGCGUCCAGGUGCAGCUGUCGGUGAAGGGGCAGACGGUGGCCCACAGCCACGGCUCGGUGCUCGACAAAGGCACCAUCAAACUGAAGGUUCCCUCCGGGCUAAGGGGCCAGGCACAUCUGAAGGUGUGGGGGAACCGUCACCUCACGGAGGGAGGCUACAUCUUCCACAACUACACCACCAUCACGGUGGAGAGCAAGGGCACGGCCGUCUUCAUCCAGACCGACAAGCCCGUCUACAAACCCCAACAUAAAGUGCUCAUCAAUGUCUACACAGUGACCCCCGACCUGAGGCCGGUAAAUGACAAGAUCGAGGCGUAUGUUUUGGAUCCACGAGGAUCCAGGAUGGUCCAGUGGAAAGCUCUUGAAUCCAUCUGCUGUGGCGUCGUGAACAUGAGCUUCCCUCUGUCGGACCAGCCAGUGUUUGGAGAGUGGUUUAUCUUCGUGGAGGCGCAGGGCCACACCUAUAACGUGUCGUUUGAAGUCCAGAAAUAUGUGAUGCCCAAGUUUGAGUUGGUGAUCGAUCCGCCGCGGUACGUCCGUGAUCUGAACUCGUGCGAGCAGGCGACUGUCAGGGCCAAGUAUACCUUUGGGAAGCCGGUGGCGGGGAAGCUGACGGUGAAUAUGACGGUGAAUGGAGUGGGCUAUUACCGUCACGAGAUGGGUCAUCCUGUGAUUAAAACCAUGGAGAUCAAAGGCUCUGCAAACUUCAGCCUGUGUGUGAAGGACAUGAUGCCCUUGGACGUGGCCGAUCACUUCAGGGGCUCUGUGAGCAUUUGGGCGUCUGUGACGAGUGUAGACGGGAGCAGGCAAACCACUUUUGACGAUUCAACACCCGUGCAUAAGCAGCUCAUCGACAUCAAGUACUCCAAGGACACACGCAAGCAGUUCAAGCCUGGUCUGCCAUACAAAGGGAAGAUUGAGGUGACCUACCCUGAUGGCAGUCCGGCUGAUGGGGUGAGGGUGCGUGUCAAAGCAGAGCUGACCCCCAAGGACAACGUCUACACCAGCGAACUGACCUCCAAGGAUGGCCAGGCCACCUUUGAGAUCCCCUCCAUCCCCACUGCUGCCCAGUAUGUCUGGUUGGAGACCAAGGUGACAUCCAUUGACGGCAAGACAGUAGGAGAUCAGUACCUGCCCAGCUACCUGUCUAUCAGCAGCUGGUACUCCCCCAGUAGGUGUCAUAUUCAGAUUCAGAGCCCCAGUACCCCACUCAAGGUUGGCCAAGAAGCAGAAGUCGCUCUCAAAUCCACCUGCCCCUGUAACUUCACCCUGCACUACGAGGUGACAUCCAGAGGGAACAUCAUCCAAUCAGGCCAACAAUCAGCCAACCUGACGGCAUCGCACAGAGGGAAAAGGGCGACAGUCACCUUUGACAAGAACAUCCACACUACCAACCUGCCUCCCUCUGCCUCGGGUGCUGCAGGCUCCUCCGCCCAGGCCGAGAUGGACAGCUGCGUCUCCUACCUACGUUUCCCAGUUAGCCACAGCAUGGCACCCCUCAGCCGUCUGCUGGUGUACUACGUGAGGGACAACGGCGAAGGCGUCACCGACAGUCUGCAAAUCCCCAUCCAGCCCGACUUUGAAAACCAGGUGUCUGUUUCUCUGUCAGCUAAUGAGUCCAUGCCAGGGGACCCCGUGACCCUGCACGUCCGAGGAGAAAAAGGCUCCUGUGUGUGUGUGGCCACUGUCGAUAAGAGCCUUUAUCUGUUAAAGCCCGACUUCCAGCUCAGUCCAGACAAGGUGUUUAAAGAGCUGGCAGAUUUUGACGUAUCGGACGCUUUCGGCGUUCCCAAGGAUGACGGGCACUUCUGGUGGCCGGGGCUGUCGUCAAAGAGACGCAGGCGGUCCUCUGUGUUUCCGUGGCACUGGGAUAUCACCAAGGACGCACGCUUUGCCUUCACAGAAACAGGGCUGGUUGUGAUGACAGACAUGGUGAGUUUAAACCACCGGCAGACUGGAGGCAUGUACACAGACGAGGCUGUUCCCGCCUUCCAGCCGCACACCUCCACCUUAGUGGCCGCCAUGCACUCUCGACCCACGACCAGAGCAGAGAAGAGGAGGCGAACAUUUUUCCCAGAGACUUGGGUGUGGCACUGCCUCAACGUCAGCUCUGAAACCGGGGAGGCUGAGCUGAGACUGGAUGUGCCGGACUCGAUCACCACAUGGGUGACAGAAGCCGUCAGCCUGUCACAGGACAAGGGGCUGGGCUUGGCGAAGAGGGCUGAGCUUCGUACCUUCAAACCCUUCUUUGUCGACUUCACAUUGCCCUACAGCCUAAUCAGAGGGGAGCAGACCAAAGUUCCCCUCACUGUCUACAACUACCUGCCAACCUGCGCUGAGGUUCACGUUAAAGUCUCCGUUCCGAAGGGCAUCAAGUUUGUCGGCCAUCCUGGAAAGCACCAUCUCACCAGGAAGAAGUGUGUUGCUCCUGGAGAGGCUACACCAACAUCCAUUGUGUUGUCUUUCACCGAACUGGGGUCAGCAAACAUCACAGCCCGUGCUAUUGCCUACAGUGAACCAAGCUGCUGUUCAGAUGGACUCCAUACAGGCAAAACAGGCAACGACGUGGAUGAAAGAAGGACCCCAAUCGGUCUGGACUAUGUCCGCAGGACUGUUCAGGUUGAGCCAGAAGGCCUGCCCAGAGAAUACACAUACAGCGUCUUCUUCUGUCCCAAUGAGAGAAUCCACAUUUCCACCCCUAACAAGUACGAGUAUCAGUAUGUGAAGAAGCCAGCCAGGAUGAACCAGUUCCAGGUGGCAGUCAAGACCCACAACGACGCCCACUUCGCCCUCUCUGCCAGCCCUCAUGACACCGCAGAGAUGCUAGAGAUCGUGCUCGGGGGUAGGCAAAACACUCGCUCCUGGAUCUCCUUGGGCAAGAUGGGUGAGCCCCUGGUCAGUGCAGCCACGCCAGGUAUCCUCUCCUGGGAUGAGUUCCGCAGCUUCUGGAUCAGUUGGAAGGGAGGCGUGGUGCAGGUUGGCCAUGGUUUACAUCCAUCCAACGAGUCAGUGAUCCUCCAUUGGGCAGUGGGCAAUGGGCAAUUCCCUGGACAGGUGCGUCACAUAGGCUUCUCAACAGGCUGGGGCUCAGUUGGGGAGUUUAAGAUCUGGAGGAAGGAAGACUCUGAUGAGAACCACAAUGAGGCCUUCACUCUGGGGGUCCCGCACAACAUGGUGCCUGGAUCUGAGAGGGCCACUGCAUAUAUGAUUGGUGAUGUGAUGGGGCCAACUCUUAAUAACCUGGACAAGUUGCUGCGGCUGCCCUUUGGAUGUGGGGAGCAGAACAUGAUCCACUUUGCCCCCAACGUCUUUGUUCUGAAGUACCUGCAGAAGACCAGGCAGCUCAGCCCUGAGGUCGAGAAUGAAGCAACUGACUACUUGCUGCAAGGCUACCAGCGACAACUGACCUACAAACGUCAGGAUGGAUCCUACAGUGCCUUCGGAGAGAGGGAUUCCUCUGGCAGUAUGUGGUUGACAGCAUUUGUUCUGAAGUCCUUUGCUCAGUCUCGGGGUUUCAUCUUCAUUGACCCCGAGGAGCUUCGUGCAGCCAAGUCCUGGCUCAUCAAACACCAGCGUGAUGAUGGCUCGUUCCCCGCCAUGGGCCGCAUCCUCAACAAAGACUUGCAGGGAGGGAUCCAUGGGAAGAUCUCACUCACAGCUUAUGUGGUUGCAGCCCUCUUGGAGACAGGGAUUACCACUGAGGAAGAGAAGGUGGCGGUGGCCAAAGCCAAGGAUUUCCUGGAGAGCAACACCUAUUCUGCCGACGACCCUUACACAACGGCCCUGUCUGCGUACGCCUUGGCUCUGCUGCGCAGCCCCUACGCCCCGCUGGCCCUGCGCCGCCUCAACCACAUGGCCAUUACACAAGAUGGACUCACCCACUGGAGUCUGACCGGCAGCACCAUGACAGAUGAGGACACAUUCAUGGGCUUCAGCGAUGGGCUCUCUCAGUCAGUGGUGUCAGCAGAGGUGGAGAUGACAGCCUACGGUCUUCUGACCUACACCCUUCUCGGAGAUGUGGCCUCUGCCCUGCCUGUGGUCAAAUGGCUCUCCCAGCAGAGGAAUGCCCUGGGUGGCUUCUCCUCCACACAGGACACGUGUGUAGCUCUGCAGGCUCUAUCGGAGUACGCCAUCCUGUCCUAUGUCGGCGGCGUCAACCUCACCAUCUCGCUGGCCUCCACCAACCUCGACUUCCAGGAGACCUUUGAACUCAACAGGGAAAACAAGAAACUCCUCCAGAGUGCCAAGAUCCCCAGUAUCCCCACUGGCCUUUUUGUGAGCGCUAAAGGUGAAGGCUGCUGCCUCAUGCAGAUCGACGUGUCUUACAACCUACCCGACCCAGUCUCCAAGCCAGCCUUCCAGCUCAAGGUGGACCUGAAAGAGCCUUUUCAGGAGCGACACCUGCAGCACCCCUCCUCCUCUUCCCGCCAUCCUUCCUCGCGCUCCCGGAGCCGCGCUGACAACCGCUCUGAGCUUAACCGGAAGCGACGGGCGCCCAUAGAUGACGAUGACCCGGCAGCCCACCAGGACAAGAUGGACUUCCACAUCUCCUUAGAAGUCUGUGCCAGGUGGCUCCAUUCAGGCUCAUCCAACAUGGCCGUCAUAGAAGUUCCCAUGAUUUCUGGUUUCAGAGCAGAUGUUGAAAGUCUUGAGAGGCUGCUGAUGGACAAACGCGUGGGUCUGAAGAGAUACGAGCUGAAUGGGAGAAAAGUGUUGUUCUACUUUGAUGAGAUCCCCAGCCAGUGUAUGACGUGUGUGGCCUUUCAAGCUGUGAGGGAAUACAUUGUGGGCAAGACAGCGCCUGUUCCGGUCAAGAUCUAUGACUACUACGAACCAGCCUUUGAGGCCACCCGGUUCUACAACGUCAGCGAGAGCAGUCCGCUAGCACGGGAGCUGUGCGAUGGACCCACUUGCAAUGAGGUGGAAAGUUCAACCAAUCAGUGGAUAGGUUUUGUGCAGACGAACCACUGCAACAAUGUGUUUGGCUGCCUGGAGGAGGAGCAGUUCGAGCGCUGCACGUGCUACAGGGACUGCGGUUACGACGGGGAGCCAGUUUGUGGGUCGGACGGGCAGCUGUACCAGAACCAGUGUCAGAUGGAGGUGUUCGCCUGUCGAAACGGGACACGCAUCAAGCAGGUUCCUCUGUCCCAGUGUCCUCAUGUGGAGACCACGGUGGAGGACAGGCAACCAAUAGCAAGCCAGGAAACUGAGCAGCCCUCGGUGCCUGUACAAACAGGUGAAGAGGAGCAGGGGUCCAUGGCAGAGGUGUCCUACUACUCCUAUGAAUACGACCCAGAUUCCGAGCCUUUCCUCGCCGAUGCAGACGGAGGGGACCAUUUCCACCUUCCCGAGGGUGGAGGGGAUGUAGACCAGAUGGGGCUCCUGCCAGCAGAUACCCAGCUACCCACACUGGACACAAAAAACACCCCUGAGCGAUGAAACGCCCACAGAGUGAAGCCAUACCCGCCUCCAAAUUGUACAUUAUUUGUGAAUAUGCUAGUGAAUGGAAAGAGAAGAGAGAAUCGGGACUUGCUCGGCCUGAAAGGGAGAGACGGUGGAGCCUGGAGACUGAGAGCGUGGCUUUGUGUGAGAGUGUGUGCCAAUGUCUUUAUACAGCGGUGUGUGUGGAUGGAUGCGACUGUGUGCAUGACUGCUAUUGAAUUAGUUAGAGUCCUCCAGACUUCAGUGUUUCUUCCUCCAGCCGCAGAGACACCGGUAGGCACCAUAGCGUCUUUGUUAUUCACUGUACUGCCUUUAUAAUCACUAGAACAAAUAAUCAAGUAUUUAUGUUUGUAAUUACACCUGACUUUAAGCAAAAUAUUUUGUUAUAUUUUCUAUCUGUGGUAUUUAUUUGUAGCUAGAGAUCAUAUCUUUUUUUUUUUUUUCUUUGGUCAUUGCCCGCCCAUACAAUCUACUUUUUUGCCCAUGUGGUUCUUUGAGUUCAAACAACAGAUAUAUGCUGUCAAAGGCUUUUUUUUCUCUUUAUUUCAUAGCAAGCUUUAACCCAAUUAUUGAAAUGUUUGAUGAAAUUCCUUUGCUGGUAUCCUGCUGGAAAAAAAGACAUAUGCUAACCAUAUGCUUUACAGAAACAUAAGCUCAAAUGUUUUUCAUUUUUCAGAUUUUUUUCUUUCAUGCCUUUAUUAGACAGCACAGUAGAGGUCGACAGGAAACAUAAGGAAAUAGGACGGGGACUGAUAUUACGGUUGCGCGAUGUAUGUCUUUGGACCACUUUUCCAACUAGGACAGAAAAAAAAAAUGUUUCUGGAAAAGCAUCAUCUACUCUCAAGUCACCUCUCACCUUACCUACCUUGAGAUUUGAUUGUACAGUUCAUAAGCUAUUUUUUGUUUUUGUUAAAUUUUGAUUCGUGAAGCAAUCAACUUAAAAAAAUCAAGAAUGAAGUUUCGAAUUCCUGUAAAUGUACCAAAUUGGAUGAAAUGUAGCCCUUAUUCCUAUCAAAUAUUGUGCUUUUUAAAACAAGAAUAAAAUUUGUAUACAAUCCAA